AUGUAUAAUCAUAACAAUUAUCAUCAAGUUAACAAGCCAAAAGCGAAUCCAGGUGGUUUCAUUACACCCAAUGCGGUAAACCCAGGAGGAUUUAUCGAUCCAAACGCCAACCCUGGUGGAUUUCGCGUGCCAGAAAACUCAAAUCAAUAUCCUCCUGUUUCCGUCCCUACAUAUCCCCCAAUAUUUGAAGAAAGAAGGAACUCUGUGCCAGUAAAAAGACAUAGCGGUCAAGUAGAAAAUAAUAGUAGGAAUGUGAUUCAAUCUCCCAUAAAUGUUGCACCUUAUCCACCUUAUAGAAAUGAUAAUGGUUAUCCAACUCCGCCAAAUAUACCUCCAACACCAAUGAAUCCUAUGGAUUUACAACGAAGAUUUUACGGUACUUGUAUGGCAUGCGGUAAACCUAAUUCCGAUUUCGCCGAAUGUUCUUCUUGUAAUGAAAAAUUAUUACAAAUGGAACAAUUGAUAAAAGCGAAAAAAGCUUUGAUAGAUCAACAAUUAUGUAUGAAUUGUAAAUUAGCUAAACAUGUGCAUAAUCAUAUGGUUGCUUGCUCCACUUGCGGAUUCCCUAAAUCUAAUUUAAAAGAAUUAAAUAGGAUCCUUAAUGGACCUACCUUAAAUCCCUUAAACCCUAACAAUAACAAUGACGACAUGGCUUAUAUUGUUUCUUCUUAUAUACAUUCUCAAGCAAAAAUGUUAUAG